AUUCAAAAUUACUUUAUUGAUCCAAAAGGAAAAAUAAAUAGGCAGAUUUAGUACUUGUUGGUUCCAACAAACGUGCCUCCUGAGUCAGCUGUCCUUCACUCAUUGUCUGAUAAAACUUCCUCCAUAGGUCAUCCACAUCCUAGCCCUGGUCUAGGUCCGAUUAUUCUGUGUUUUCAGGCCUUCUAACUGAACAUGUGAAGAUAAAACCGUUAAGACAGGAGCACAAUCCUGCCACUGUGGCAAAUUUAAUGAGAUAUUUGACCGGAACCGAUUUGACGGGUUCAUUCAAAACCACUAAAGCAGCCAUUCUUUGUUUUAUAGAUUGAACAUUCACAGGAAAGUAAAGUUUGUCUAUUGAACAUAUUUAGGUGUAUUCACCUCAUGAAUUGCUGAUUUGAGGUCAGGUCAUUUUAAUAAAUAGUUUAUUUCAUACGGUGUGGAAUAAACACAUUAAGCCUCGGACUGUGAAUUUCAAAUAGCCUGUGUUAAUUCUCUCAGUUUGGUGACUGAAAUCCAGUUCAAUUCUAUUCUGGGCUUUACUUCGCUGUGGUUUAAACACUUCGACCUCCUCAACAUGGCGCCGGGAAGCAGACACGUCGAUACCGGAAGCGGGUCAGCCGCCGCGUCUGCGCAGUAGCUGUGCCCGGGUCCCUGUAAAGAUGUCUGAGCAGGCGGGGAGGGAGCGGAGCGGACGACUGAAAAGCAGCGCGGAGAAGCCCCAACUGUCUGCUGUUUUACCACGCAAGGUAAGAGCAGCAGACCCCGUAGGAGUCCUAGGAACACACCGACAGCCGGCUUAAGGUUUCGUUUUGCGGAUGGAGGCGGUUCCGGGGCUGCGGAGCCGGAGGGUCGAGAUUCCGGAGCAAAAAUGUCCACAUGAUUGUGAUGAACAGCUGAAAUGUCCAAUAACAGCCAGGGAUCUGUGAAGGGGGAGGCAGCCACCAUGGUGCCGCCCUCUGGCUCCGCCUCCUCUCACGGACCGCCCCUUUCUCCGUCCACCACCUCCAAAUCACCUGAGCUUCCAGAUGAGUUGGUCCAGGCUGGAUGGUCCAAGUGUUGGUCCAGGAGGGAGAAUCGGCCCUACUACUUCAACAGAUUCACCAAUCAGAGCCUGUGGGAGGUGCCUGUGCUGGGUCAGCAUGAUGUCAUCUCUGAUCCGCUGGGUCUGAACGCAGCUCCUGCAGAUGCAGGAGAUGGUAACCUUGGAAACGGCCAGAGGAAGAGGAGGAGCUCUGAGGAGCAGGGGGCAGGGCCUAACAGUUUCAAACGAACGAAGUUGUGUGUACAGGUGGAGCCGACCACACCCAUCUCUCCCAGCACACCUGGAGUCAAACCGUGGAGCGCGGCCCCCGAGGAGAAGCAGGUUCCAGCGACGACGCCCACCACGCCCAGCCCGGCGCCGGCCCCCUACCGACCGGCCGUGAUUUACUGGGAUCUGGACGUCCAGACCAACGCGGUGAUCAGAGAGCGCUCUGCAGCCAAUCACCUGCCGCCGCACCCCGAGAUCGAGCUGCAGCGGGCGCAGCUGGUCACUAAGCUGCGGCAGCACUACCACGAGCUGUGCCACCAGCGAGAAGGCAUCGACCCGCCGCGGGAAUCCUUCAACCGAUGGCUGUUGGAGAGGAAGGUGAUCGAUAAAGGCCUGGACCCGCUGCUGCCCAGCGAGUGUGAGCCCGCCGUCUCGCCGUCCAUGUUCCGGGAAGUCAUGAACGACAUUCCCAUCAGGUUGUCCCGCAUCAAGUACAAGGAGGAGGCCCGGAAACUCCUGUUUAAAUACGCCGAGGCAGCAAAGAGGAUGAUCGACUCCAGGAAUGCGAGUCCGGAGAGCAGGAAGGUGGUGAAGUGGAACGCCGAGGAUACGAUGAACUGGCUGCGCAGAGAUCACUCCGCCAGCAAGGAGGACUACAUGGACCGCCUGGAACACCUGAGGCAGCAGUGCGGGCCGCAUGUCACAGCCGUCGCCAAAGACUCUGUGGAAGGAAUCUGCUCCAAGAUCUACCAGCUGUCGGCCGAAUACAGCCGCCGCCUGAGGCAGACGCACCUGAGCCUGCUGCAGGACCCCUCCACAGAGACGUGCGCAUCGCCGCCCCAGUCGCGGCUCGUCUACUGCUACCCGGUCCGGCUGUCGAUCCCGACCCCCGCCCUGCCCCGCGUGGAGCUGCACUUCGAGAACGACGUGGCCUGCCUCCGCUUCAGAGGAGAGAUGGUCAAGGUCAACCGGGGACACUUCAGCAAACUGGAGCUGCUGUACAGGUACAGCUGCAUCGAUGACCCUCGCUUUGAGAAGUUCCUGGCCCGAGUUUGGUGCCUCCUGAAGCGAUACCAGGUGAUGUUUGGCAGCGGUGCUAACGAGGGCAGCGGCCUGCAGGGGGCGCUGCCGGUGGCGGUAUUUGAGGCGUUGAACCGGCAGUUCGGCGUCACCUUCGAGUGUUUCGCCUCACCGCUCAACUGCUACUUCAAGCAGUUCUGCUCCGCCUUUCCCGACAUCGACGGCUUCUUCGGGUCCAGAGGGCCGUUCCUGUCCUUCAGCCCGGUCAGCGGCUCUUUCGAAGUCAACCCGCCGUUCUGCGAGGAGCUGAUGGACGCCAUGGUGACGCACUUCGAGGGACUGUUGGAUCGGUCUUCCGAGCCGCUGUCCUUCAUCGUUUUCGUUCCUGAGUGGCGCGAUCCGGUGACGCCGGCGCUGACCCGAAUGGAGGCCAGCCGGUUCCUGCGGCACCAGCUGAACGUCCCGGCCUACGAACACGAGUACCGCUCCGGGAGCCAGCACAUCUGCAAGCGGGACGACAUGUACUACCGGGCCGUCCACGGCACCGCCGUGCUCUUCCUCCAGAACGAUGCCGGCUUCGGGAAGUGGGCUCCAACUCCGGAGCGUCUGGCGGAGCUGACGGCGGCGUACCGCCCCUCUCUGUCCCGCACUUCCUCCCUGUCGUCCCCUGGCCCCGCCCAGUCCACCCCUGGAGACAGAGACUCCACCCCUAAGGCCUCUGAUAGGACACCGAGUGCGAUGAUGUCACCUGGUGGCCAUGACAGCAACAACAAUGGCAGCAGCAGUAGCAGCCCUCAGGACAAGCUCACUGCGAUGUAGAGGGGCGUGGCCACUGCAGGCCACGCCCCUAAUGUAAAUGUGUGUUUACGAACAUCACCAGUCCCUCACCAGCACCUGUAGCACAUCCUCACCUCUUAUCGGUAAUCUACCACCGCCAUCAGGGGGCGGAGCCUCAUUUAAACUUCACUACGUCUCUUUAGUCUGUUGGCUGCUCUGAUUGGUUGAAGCUCACCUGAAGCUGAAUGAUGUCAGCGUCUGAACUGCUUCAGAGUUCCAGCAGUAAAAUACACCUGAGGGGCAUCCCCUGAUUGGUUGUUAUGGCAGCUAUCAUGUCUGGGACCCGGGCCCUAUAGCAGGGGGCGUGGCCUCGGUAGCAGAGGGGAGGGGCAUCAGGUAAUCCUGAAACUGUGACGAGUAGUCAUGGAAACAAUCUUUCAGUACCAGUCGAGUUCUGUGAUUCACAUAAGAUUAGAAAAUACAAGCUGUUAAAGUGUGCUUUAGUCUGACCCAGUUUAUUAAACCAAAUUAAUCCAGUUUAAUCUGGUGACCUCUCUAAUUUAGUUUGGUUCAGUUCAGCAUUAACUGAACUUUAAUUUAAUUUGUUUUGAUGUCUUUGAUCUAUUACAAUCUGGUUUGAUCCAGUCUGAUCUGGUUUGAUUUGUUUGGACCUAAUCUAAUCUGGUUCAUGUUUGUUAGAUCCAGUAUGUACAGGCUUAGGCCAGAUAAAUCUAGUAUGAAAGGUUAGGGUUAUGUUGGGAUGGGAUAUAACCAGAUUAAUCUGGUUUAAUCCAGUUUAAUUCACACCAGAUUAAUAUGGAUUAAAUCAGAUGAAUCUAGUGUGAAUUAAACCAAAUUAAUACAGUUUAAUUUGGUAACACCUCUAAUCUAGUUUGGUUCAGUUCAGCAUUUUUUUAUUUAAUUUGUUUUGAUGUCUUUAAUCUGAUUAGAUCCAGUCUGAUCUAGUUUGAUUUGUUUGGACCUAAUCUAAUCUGGUUCAUGUUUGUUAGAUCCAGUAUAUUCUGAUUUAAUCUAGAUCCAGUCUGAAGAGGUCUGGGUUCUGUAGGGAUGGGUUAGUCUGGAUUAAUCUGGAUAGAACCAGUUUUAUCUGGUUUAAACCGGUUUUGUCUGAAUGUGUCCAUCUUUAAUAGGAAAAAAGUUGACUCCUCCCACUUCUGAGUGCUCUCUGAUUGGCUGGUGGUGGACCUGUCAGGCGCCUGUCUGUGUGUAGAUAGUGUACAGCUGGACUGAUUUGAGGUCUGUUGAUGUUUUGCUGUUGAUCAGUUUUUAUUUGGUCUAAUUUAACCUUUUUAAAGAGAUGAAAUGUGUUUGUGUGUUUUAACCGAACCAAAGUGUUUAUGAUGUAUAUGAGUGUGUACAGUAGAGCCGCGUAUGACAGCUGGGCUCCUCCUGCUCUGCAUGAACCCGCUGGAGGAAGCUCAGACCUGGACUCAGUGGUCUCCUCCGGGGUCCUUUCAGCUUCAGUGUAAAUUCCGUCUGUCCUUCGUACUGCCUGCAGAAAACUGCAGCUUCUCUCCUAGUAAAAAUAUAUCCAGCCCAGUA